CCUCCCGGGAGCUCUCCCAGCCCGCGCGCGCGGCCAGCGCAGACCUCCCGGCUAGAUAGGCGGCGCGGGCGGCGGUAAAAUGUCGGCUCCAGGACCUUACCAAGCAGCUGCAGGCCCUUCUUCAAUCCCCUCCGCACCCCCAACCUAUGAAGAGACAGUAGGUGGCGGCAGUUACUACCCCACCCCCCCAGCACCUGUGCCGGGACCAGCCACAGGGCUCAUCACAGGCCCAGAUGGGAAGGGCAUGAAUCCACCUUCGUACUACACCCAACCUGUGCCUGUUCCCAACGCCAAUGCAAUUGCCGUGCAGACGGUGUAUGUGCAGCAGCCUGUCUCCUUUUAUGACCGCCCUGUCCAGAUGUGCUGUCCCUCCUGCAGCAAGAUGAUCGUGACCCAGCUGUCCUACAAUGCCGGCGCCCUCACCUGGCUCUCCUGUGGCAGUCUGUGUCUGCUGGGGUGCGUCGCUGGCUGCUGCUUCAUCCCAUUCUGUGUAGAUGCCCUGCAGGACGUGGACCACUACUGCCCCAACUGCAAAGCGCUCCUGGGCACCUACAAACGCCUGUAGGACUUGGCCGGCCAGCCUGGGGAGAUUGUAGACAUGUGCUGCCAGAAGUCACCUGACCCUUGCUCAGCACACCCAGAAGAGGCUCCUUCCUUGAUCUCAUCUUUUUAUGGACUCCAUCUUCGUGUCUUUUAGGGGGUGGGAAAGGUGGGAAAAGUAACAAACCUCCAAACCCAGAAAUUGCUGCUUGGAGUGGCGCCUGCACAUGCAAAGCCGUGGACCUUGAGUGUUGUCUCAAGGGUUUUCCGCCUGCCCAGACUACCCCACUAACUGUGAUUGUUACUGCAUUUGCAUCUCCUCCACUGAUUGCCAUCGGCUGCCUCCUCUUCCUCGGUGGGCCUUUCUGAUGGUGGUCUCAAACCCAGAAGCCACAGUUUGCCUUAUUUUUCACUGUUCGGCUUGAUCCGUUCCGUCUCUCCCCAUCCCUAAUGACAGAGACCUUGCCUUAAAGACUCUGUGGUUCUGUAAUUGCAGACUUUUGCACUCAGAAUCACUUUAAUUUCAUAGGGUGUUUUCCUUUUCCAAGUGCACAGAAGGGCUGCCGACACCCCCGUAUGUGCCGGUGACACAUACGGAUAAGGUCACAAGUACAAAAUAAAAGGCUCACAGCCCCUCCUGUCUCAGCCCCACUCCUGUGAACGGCUUCUUCCUCACACAGUUUCUGUGACUCCUUUGGUUCUUAAACACACAUGGAAGUUAACUUGGCAGGGAGACAUUUCUAGAAUAAUUUUUGUAAUCAUAAUACAGCCUUCAUUUUUCCAUUUGCUGGUGUGUUUUUAGUUGGUUUUGUUUUAGUUUUUGAUAAACAGUCUGGCUUUGUUUCCCAGGCCAGCCUUGAACUCCUAGGUUCAAGUGAUACUUCAGUCUUCGCCUCUCAAAUACCCAGUGUUCUAGGCAUGUGCCGCUGUACCUACUGGGUUUUUUGUUCUAUUUUCCUAUCAAAGAAAAAGAUAAUUCAUCUACUGCCUAUGUGGAUUUGGUGUGGUUUGAAAACCUUGUCUGUAUGGGUCCUCUUUGGGAGAGUUAGGGAAUCCUUAUUUGAGCUCAUGCUAUAGUGCUGAGAGCUUGACUGUUGGAACACCCUCAAGAGAAACUGAAGCAGGGUUUUAUUUUGUAGAGAUGAGCAAGCGUGGCACUAGCGUGGUCUCCAACAUCAGCAGGCCUGAUGGAAGGAUGCCAAAGACAAAUUCAGGGCUCUUUCUAGAGUGACUACUCUGUCUUGUAUAACGUUGUCACCGUCUGGCCAGCUUUCCAGGGUUCCCUGUCUCCAUCCUAGACCCACACAAGAACUGCAAACCAGUGUGUGAAGACAACCCGACCCGGAACAGAAAUCUGCAUAUUGGCUAAGAUAUACAGACUGAGCUGUUCAUGCAGGGAUCCAGAGGCACUAGCCAUCAUUUUUGCAGUGAAUUAUGGUACCAUAUAUGACUUUGGUGUUCUCUGCUUUUAAACAAAUAAAGUCUUUCGUCACUUGGUAAA